CCAAACUCUUUUCGCCUCUGCUAUCACCAUGGCUGACGCUCUCUGUGGGCCCUCCAACGCCCUUCAAAACUUCCAAAAGCACUCCUCCGUCGAUCGGACUUUACAGCAAGACCGACUAGUGUCGCGACAGUCGCCGGCUCAGGGCUUCAGAGGACCAGCGCAGAAUGCCGGAGCGCUUGACCCAGAAUUCGAGGCCUUUCAGGCAGGCCAGCCGCGACCGGACGUAAUUCCAGGCUUUCCACCGGGUUUUGUACCGCGCAACGCCCCACCACCUCCGCAAGCAGGAUUCGCGGGCCCCUCUGCGCUUCCCGACUGGGCUUCUGAUUUCCAGCGUCUUCAAGUCUCCUCUCCCCCUCCCGCUCAGCAGCAUUUCCAACCUCAAGCGGCAGCGCACAAUGUCUCUGCAGCAUGGCACCAGGACUUCCUCCAGCACCAGUCUUCCUCGCCGGGGCCUCAAGCCCAGCAAGGACCGGCGCCCGGAAUGUACAAUCCAUCCAUGUCUUACGGCGGAUAUGGAGCAUUUCAACAACGGCAACCAUUCAUGAUGCAGCAGGACAUGAGCGCGAAAGGCAAGGAAGCGGAGCCAGUGUUCGAUGAUGCAGCUUUCGCACAAGCAUUCGAUGCCGCACAUGCGGAUAUUAUCGCAGAGGAGGAGGCCAUGCACAAGAUGGAGACUGAUGCAACAGAGGUGCGGGAAGCAGAGACAGUCAGUCGCAAUCAGGAGGAGCAGUCAUCGCUGAACCAAAGACCGGAAAGCCUCCUAAGGGAUCUGCAGCCUCCGACUCUGGACAGGCCAAUGGAACCAAUCCUGGAUCACCAAAUGCCACUUGAAGAGCAAGAGGCUAAACAAGAAGAGCGACAACAACCCUCUCACGACGACGAAGAACUUGCGAGGACUGCUGGGCAGCUGCUUGACAGCGUAUCACAUGAAACGAACAAGAAGUUUCAAGAGAGCAGCUUUCUCGCCCUGAUGCGGCGGCUUCGUGAUUACGAGGUCCGCGUUGAUGGUGACAAAAUGGUUGAGACCGCACCACAAACGGCAAUUCCGGAAAGCCAACAAGAUCUGGACCUUGGCCGUGACCAUCCGCGGACAAUGACAGGCGCCUUGCAGAACGGCAGCGACAACGAACACGUUGGUGAGUCGGCAUGAUGUUUUCCGGCAAUGGCGGGGUUUCCCUUCCUAAUACCCGAUCAAUACGAAGGCCCUGGACACCGUCUGGCAUAGACCCGUGACGGAUGGAGGCCUGGGCCUACGAUUGAUGGAAGGGAUAAUGACCGGUAGGAAUUUCGCCGGACGACUAGGCCAUUUGACCGCGCCAUACUACACGAGAGAUCGACUCAGAGGCUGAUGGAACCGCUAUUCCAAGCGCGAGAUGCAACGGAAAGAUACCGCAGCCCGCUGCCGCUGGUCGAUAGAGGGAGAUCAUACGUAAAUGGAUGCUUCUUUCGGAGAGAUGGGCAAUUGAUGUGAUGUGAAUUGCAAGGUUCUACGGAAUUGGCAAGGGUACACGGUUCAGUGCGUUAUUGGAGUUUUGGUAGAUAUCAUGGGAAGAGCCGCGAGCCUAAAUGUAUGAAACUGACA